GAUGCAUCUGCUCCGCACAGGGGUGACAUGGAGAGCCCCGGCCCGGGAGAAGCCUCCCCACUGCAAGCCCAGCCAGCCCCUCGCCUGUAUGGAGCAGUGGCCUCCCAGGCCAGUCUGGAGCUGCCGGGGCCCGGGGGUGCCCCAGGCGUCCCCCGCUGCAGGGCUUACGGGGCUGUUGCCGUGCUCUGCUAUAUCAACCUGCUCAACUACAUGAACUGGUUCAUCAUCCCAGGGGUGCUCCUGGACAUCCAGAAGCAUUUCCACCUCAGUGACUCGGAAGCUGGCUUAUUGCAGACAGUGUUCAUCUCCGGCCUGCUGCUGGCCGCUCCCUUGUUUGGCUACCUCGGUGACCGCUACAGCCGGAAGGUCACUCUGAGCUUCGGGAUCGUCCUCUGGUCCAGCGGGAGCCUCAGCGGUUCCUUCGUCCCCGGCCAGUAUUCCUGGCUCUUCCUCCUUUCGAGGGGAGUUGUGGGCGCUGGGGUGGCCAGUUAUUCCACCAUCGCCCCCACCAUCAUCGGGGACCUCUUUGUGAAGGACCAGAGGACCUGGAUGCUGUCGGUAUUCUACAUCUUCAUUCCAGUUGGAAGUGGCCUGGGUUAUGUCCUCGGGUCUGCGGUGACCAAAGCCACGGGGGACUGGCACUGGGCAUUCAGGAUCAUGCCCUGCUUGGAAGCCGUGGCUUUGGCACUGCUGGUCUUGCUGGUUCCAGACCCACCCCGGGGAGGCGUGGAAGAGCAGAGCGAAGCUGGCGGCCUCAGGACCAGCUGGUGUGAGGACGUCAGCUAUCUGGGGAAAAACUCGAGUUUUGUGUGGUCGACUCUGGGAGUCACAGCCAUGGCCUUUGUGACAGGAGCCCUGGGCUUCUGGGCCCCGAAGUUCCUGUACCAGACCCGAGUACUUCAUGGCCUGCAGCCUCCUUGCCCCCCGGAGCCGCGUGACUCCUCUGACAGCCUAAUUUUUGGGGCGCUGACCAUCGUGACAGGGAUCAUCGGGGUCCUCAUAGGUGCAGAGAUAGCAAGAAGGUACAAGAAGCUCACCCCAAAUGCUGAGCCACUGGUCUGUGCUGGCAGCAUGCUGGCCUCUGCCCCCUGCCUCUACCUGGCCACCAUCCUGGCCCAGAGGACCAUCCUGGCUGCUUAUGUCUUCCUGGCACUCGGAGAGCUCCUUCUCUCUUUCAACUGGGCCAUCGUGGCUGACAUCCUUCUGUCUGUGGUUAUGCCCAGCCGGAGAGGGACUGCAGAAGCAUUGCAGAUCACUGUGGGCCACAUCUUGGGAGAUGCUGGCAGCCCCUACCUCAUUGGACUAGUGUCUGUUGCCCUCCAAACAGCCCACGUGGACUCCUCCCUGUGGCUUUUCCGAAGUCUGCAGUACGGCUUCUUCAUCUGCAUCUUCGUUGAUGUGCUGGGGGGUGCCUGCUUCCUGGUGACUGCCGUGUACAUGGAGCGUGGCCUGCCUCAGGCCCCAGCCACCGAAGAGUCCUGGGAGCACCGAGGAUGAAGAUCUCAGCCUCCUGGCGCUGGGGGUCCCAGGAGUGAGCAGCCUCCAUCUUCACUCUUCUCAGACCCUGCCCUCUGGCUGUCUCCUGCUGCCUUGACCUGGGCCUGGGCCCUGAGAAACCUACUGAGUCAGGAGGAACCUUGGCAGGGUUGGCUGGGGAGCUGCCCUUGGUGCUGGCUGCCUCAGGGAAUUGAGCGGUUGGGUCUCCCUCUCCAAGCUGACUGUGCCAGGGCCUCUCUUGGGAGGUGGGUGGAGGGGGCAGGAGGGGGAGGAUGGGAAGAGUUCUUGGGCAUUUCUCCCAGCCCCAGGCAGAUUCCUUGUCAGGACCUGUCUUGGCUUAGGGAAACUACAGGGUAUAUAACCCUUGGGGGCUUAGAAACCUGACAUCAGAGAGAUAAUAAAAAUGCACUGUGGUUUCUGUUGUGA